CGUGCUUUACCAACUUCCCCUUGUAUAUCUUCAUUCUCAACAACCUCUUUAACAUCAACCAUGGCGGCCUUCUUCCUAUUGCUAUCUUUGGUCCCUGUGGUUCUUGUUCUUGGCAUCUUUGCUUUGACACGCAGGUCCAAGGGUUGCAGAAACCUGCCGCCAGGGAGUUUGGGAUGGCCUAUCGUGGGUGAAACUCUUGAGUUCCUGUCUGGGAAGCCAGAAAAGUUUGUGUUUGAUAGGAUGAACAAGUAUUCGCCUGAGGUUUUCAAGACCAAAAUUCUUGGAGAGGAAACCGCCGUCAUAUGCGGCCCCAGCGGACACAAAUUCCUCUUUUCCAACGAGCAAAAGCUCUUCACCGCGUUCCGCCCUCAUUCAAUGCAGAAGAUCUUCCGGCCUCACCGAGCGGGGGCACAAAUCUCACGCGCCGCCGAGGCACAAAUCUCACGCGCCGCCGAGGCAAAAAUCUUAAAAUCUCCAGGGUUUUUGAAGCCCGAAGCAUUGGUGCGGUACUUGGGGAAAAUGGACUCCAUCACACAGCAACACUUGCAAACCCACUGGGAAGGAAAAGACACGGUCAACGCCUUCCCUCUUACGAAGACCCUCACGUUGACUCUUGCUUGCAGAUUUUUCUUGGGCGCGGAUGAUCCACAGCGUAUUGCUAGGCUUGUUACCCGCUUCGAUGACAUUACUCUGGGGAUGCAUUCGAUUCCUCUGAAUUUCCCGGGAACAAUUUUUCAUAAAGCGAACAAAGCAGCUGUGGCCAUCCGCAGGGAGCUAAGGAAAAUUAUUCAGGAGAAGAAGGCUGCCAUGGCAACAGGACCACCUAUGCAGGACAUACUGUCGCACAUGAUUGUCGCCACUGACCCGUCCGGGAAAUAUAAGCCGGAGGCUGAAAUUGCGGACAACAUUAUGGGUUUGCUGGUUGCAGGGUAUAGCACAGUUGCUACUACCAUGACUUUCUUCAUGAAAUAUGUUGGAGAGAGGCCCGACAUCUACGACAAGAUCCUCGCCGAGCAAUUGGAGGUCUCAGCCUCAAAGAAGUCUGGGGAAGUAUUGGAUUGGGAUGAGAUACAGAAAAUGAAGUAUUCAUGGAACGUGAUAUAUGAAGUCAUGAGGCUCACACCACCACUCCAGGGGACUUUCAGAGAGGCUCUCACUGAUUUUACCUAUGCCGGCUACAACAUUCCAAAGGGGUGGAAGAUAUAUUGGACAGUGAGCACGACAAACAAGAAGCCCGAGUUUUUUGGAGAAGCAGAAAGGUUUGAGCCGUCAAGGUACGAUGACGCAAAUGCAUUUCCUCCGUUCACAUUUGUUCCAUUUGGAGGUGGACCUCGCAUGUGCCCUGGGAAAGAGUACGCUCGCCUCGCAAUCCUCACUUUUGUUCACAACGUGGUAAAGAGGUUCAAAUGGGAGUUGGUGCUUCCCCACGAGCAAAUUAUCGGUGAUAUGAUGCCCGCUCCACAGAAAGGACUUCCAAUUCGUCUUCAACCUCACUAGCCGUACGCCUCGUUUCUUUGCUGCUUUUAACAAAUAAAAAUUACAGUCUUACUCAAGUUUAUCCCAACCGAGGAUUUCGCAAUCAUCAAAGGAAUUGGAUAACUUGCUGAAAGGAUGGUCGAGAUGAAAAUAGAUAACGUGUAUCCACUGAUCUAAACUUUGUUAUUUAUUUUGCUAGUUGUGACAGUUAUUGUUAAAUAUCGUUUACGUAACUAAAUAAAGAAGAUCAAUGAAUAAA